AGUUUCACGAGAACAGAAACUCCCCCAGUUGAGCUAGUGGAAGUUCCAAAGGAAUACAAAGGUUUAGUGAUCGGCAAAUGGGGCAAAAAUCUAAUGGAUAUCAGUAACAGUACAGGAGCGGAAGUAAUUAGAAGUAGAAACGGAGAAGUCUUCAUUACUGAAGGUAAAGAGGAAGAAAGGGAGCAGGCAAGAAUGCAAAUCAAAGUAAAAAUUGUAAGUAAAUGAAUAAGCUGAAUGUAGUAAAUGAACAUAGCGGAAUCUCCGCAUGCGCGAAGCCUCCAUUGCUAUCGAUACGAGAAAAUUUUCGUUUGACGCCAGCGUAAGCUCGUCCGCCCCCCGCCCCCCGCCAGUGGCUUCAUAGCUCAGUUUGUAAAGCAUCGCACCGGUAAUCGCGAGGUCAUGGGUUCAAACCCCGUUGAAGUCCUGAAUUUUUUUCAGGCUUCUUUACGCAAUUGCAUAAAUUGCGUUCACUGCGACGAUCAUUUCUUCAUUUUCAUUUCAUUUCCGCAGUUCAUAUAUGAUUUAUUUCAUACAUCAUUAACUUUAACAUUAUUGUUAUUGUCAUAUAAAUACGUGUUACACUUAUGAAUGCAUCGUUUAUUGCUAGGCUGGAGCGAGACUCAGAGGUCCAGGAAUCAAUAAGUUCGGUGUCUACAUCGAUGGCCUGAAUCUCCCAGAGAAAUGUAAACUAAAACUGGAGCAAGUGAGUCAGGAAGAUCGUGUUGUCAUCCCGGAAUCGUAUGCACAGUACCGACUGAAACCGGUCAAGGAAUUUAUGCAACAGGUAUGUCUUUUUUCUGUCGUAUACGUGGAGGAGAACUGUCGGUAACCAACGUGGAAUCCAAGAACAAGCUUGAACUACUCAAACUUUAAGCUGAUAGGCCAGUCAAAUAAAGCAGCUUAUUUUACACGCAUUCGUUAUAAGACAAUUCUUCUUACUAGAAGUAUUCUUUUAAAUACAACAAUAAUAAGGCUAAGACGAAAGAAAAGACGAAACGGUUUUACACGUAACCAGAGCGUGAAAUUCUGGGAAAGUAGCCAUUGUCCAAGUGAAAUUAAUGCAGGCUGAUAUUUCUAAUCAUUCUUUGUCACUGAGUGAAAGAAUAGAAUAGAAAGAUCACUUUAACUUGCACCCGGAACCUCUUGACAUCUGUACAUGUAAACCUCACAAAGUCGUCUGUCCCGGCAUGAUAAUUCAUUGCACCAGAGUAGAUCGACUGAACACACUUAUCAUUAAAUAAGACUGACUCUUAUACUCAAACGCUCUAAAACUGUGUUUGGUAAACGAAAAAUACUUGUUGUUCAACACGUCAGUGCAAAUCUAGUACUAGAUAAUUAUUGAGCACGUGAUGUUAGACAAUUCCAGGUGUUGCACGUUCAGAUUAAACGGAAUUUUUUAUUUUUUGAAAAAAGAAACACAAAUGUUUUCUCUUUACUCAGCUAUAAAGUGUUCAAUAGGGUUAGUGGUUCCUGUUUUUUAUAGUUUUCAGUGUUGGGUCCUUGGAAAUUAGCACUACAAGAAGCAGUUAAAAAUACAACUAAAAAUUACUUUAGUUGUUUAUAGUUUUCUGUUUUACUCACAUUCCUCAGGAAGUCAGUCCUCCAACUGAUAAACCAAUCUACCUAUCAGGUCUUGUGAGUGAUGCUUUGGAAUCUCUUCAAAGGAUAAAACAAGAUAUGACCACAAGAGAGAACCUGAAAGCCGAUAUGUGGUGUCAUUUUGGAAAGGCCGUCGUCCGAGGACCUGACCAAGGUAAUGCUCAAUUUUGGCUUAACCGAUACACGUAUAAUCUAAUAUCGCUUGUGAGUCCUGUAGUCCUCGUUGUCCGAUCCAUCAGGUGAAAAUUGUCGCUACUUCUCUAGCUUGUCAAUCUGUUGCGCGUUAGUUCAUUGAAUGCUCCUGUACUAAAUAAGGGUUGUUUUCCACUGUCGCGUAAAAUUUACGAGCGUAAAUGAAAUGGAGGCAAUGUAUGAAAGACCACGCGUAGGCGUAAAAGUUGAGCGAGGCUCAACUUGUACGUUCACGAGUGACUUUCUAUACAUUAGAGACCUUAAGAUCGAGGUUGGUCAUUUUACUGCAAACGACAACAUAUUUGGGACCUUAGAUUCGCGGGUGGUAGCUCGCGGCUGCCAUGUUAGUAUUCAUUUUAUUUUAGUUGAGAAAUUUUCUUCAAAAUUACUUCUUUUUGAAAUGGAAUUAGGUAAUCACUACGCAAAAAAGUUCUGAAAAGUCGUAUUUCUUCUCAAACGUGGGAUUGUGAUGUUUUAGGGUGCAAAAAACCUUGAGGGAAAUCACUUCCCUCUGGAGCGUGGUCUAGCGGUACAAACGUGAACCUCAAACCGCAAACCUGACGGCAAGGCCCUGGUCACGUGACUUCUUGACGUUCGCGGUUCACGGGAAAUGCCGAAAAACCUCAAUCUUAAGGUCUCCAUUACCUCUAUUUUACGCGCGUAAAAUUUAGAUGCACACGCACGUAAAAUUGCGCGACUGUGGAAAUGCACCUUAAGAGAGGAAUUGAAGAGAGCCCACGUUUAAACCGUUGGCUUGUGAACUGAUUUUGCGCUUUGCUUUAUCCUUUUCCACGUCUCCAUCACCUUAGGGCCUCGUAUUUUUGUUUGGUGUAUAUGUGUGGGUGGGGGAGGGGUGGUAAGGGAGUCAGAAGGAGGGGAACGCAUCAUGUUAAUAAUAAGGAGCUUAAGCAACAAUGACGGCGACGGUAAGAAAACGUUACCUAAAGAGUGACUUUGCGCUGCUUUACACUUUAUUUCGCUUAUUCCAUCUCUUUAACUCGUCAAAUGUGGGCAAAUUUGUUUUCCGUCCCCCAAAAAACGUGAAAUUAGGCACUUUCACCAUGUAGUCGUGCAGUAACUACAAAGAAAUUUACAAAAAAGCGUGAUGUACGUGCAGAGGUGUUUUGCCAAUCUAAACCCCUUGCUUUUUUACCGUUUUCGUUGACGUUGACUUCCCCCAGCUCUGAUGUUUGCAUGUUAUGACUUUCUAUUUUUGUGUCUUAUAUUAUGUCAUAAAAUGUAUGCAGAAGAAGCUGAUGGAGGAAGGUGGAGUAUUGAUGAGGCAACAAACAAGUUUAAAUCAUCACUUGGAGGAAACUGCUGGAAAAUAGCAUUGAAAUCAGGAGUGAAACUGGACGGAAAAGUUCUGGAAAGACAUAUCUGCGAAACAAAUCCAGAUGAGUACCUGGAUUAUGUUGCAAGAUAUGAGUUAGAAUUUGUAACGCCCUGCAGUUAUCAAGUAAUGUGCAAGGUGAGGUUCAAAAUUCAUUUCGUCAACUAUAUUUCGCUAUAUUUGCUAAUACUCUAUCCUUUUUGUCAUAACUGUGCUAAGGUCUAUUGCCCAGAUACCAAAACUCUAGGAGGUAUCGUUGGUUGAGUGUACGCGUAAACGAACUAACAAUUGGAAUGUGCAGUUCUUAUGUCAGAAAAAUUUUCUAUCCAAGUGGUCAACAAAAUAGAAACCCGUCAAUUUUAAUAGUAAUUUGUCGAGGCUUAUUUUAACAAGUAAAGAUGCCAUAACAAAAAUCUGAGAGGAGGUUCCUACUAGCAUUAAAACACAGCUACCACCAGUUAAAAAUACUAUAUGAGCGAAGUCUGCUUAACUAUAAAAGUGACUGUUUCCCUUAAUCCUCCAUGGACUGCCUUGGCAGCUAUGGAGGAUAUCAGUAGCCACUGGAGUGCUAGUUACGUUGUGACCUAAACGUAAAAGCCACAGAUCUGGAACCACUAAUUUUAAGAAUUUUUGGAAUGGUGUAAAUGAUCACAUCAAGCUCCUCUCUCUCGAACGUUCUAAUAAAAGCUAAAGUCAAUUCUUAUUCAUAAAUAUUAAUUGCAGAUUUAUCAACACUAUAUAAUUUUUUGGCUUUGCGUCGUUUAAUACUGGUAUACUUAGUUUUCUCUUGCUGUCUUUCUUUUUUUACAAGUUUUUUUUCCUUUUUUUGUGUGUAUGUUUUGAAACUGUGUGUGGUGUGUGGUACCUGACCCUUAAUAUAAUCAUUUAUUAAUAACCUAAGUAAGGCUGCCCUAUCUUUUUUCCCUCGAUGGUUGAUAUAUAACAAUUAUUCACCAAAGUGGUGGCGGCUAGUGGUGCCAUUUACUGAGCCACGAAGCGGCGAGGUUAAUACCACCACUAGCCAUCGAUACCGAGGUGAAUAAUUGUUUCAGUAUAUACUAAAACAGUGAGAUAAUUGAGCACAAAAAUGAUGAUUUUUAUUUCAUUUACUGUUGCCGACGUUUACAAUUUUGGCGCGCAAUGACCGAACGGCCGCGGCCGUCGAUUUUUCUUGCCGACAAAUACAACUUUUGAAGGCAUUUGUUUAGCUCUUGCACGGAAAUUUCUUCAAAAGGAGCUGUGAUUUCUUUUUGUAAUUAAAAUCAUUCUGUAAAAAAAAUUAUUAAAUUUAGUUUAAGCUUAUUUAUGAACAACUCAACUAAAUAAAGUAACGCAAGAGUUAAGCUUAAUUUGCAUUUUGUAAACAAAAAACUUUUUCACCGGUUUCAUCGAUAAAUUGAAGUCAAGAAGACAAAGCUUUACCUGUUAAAACUUCCAAACCGAACUUCGCCACCUUCUUCGUGUUUUUCGGGAACAGCUUGCUUGAUUAUUUGUGAAAUUUCUUUGUUUGUUACGGCAGCAAACCGGGAAGCCAUUUUGCUCGUAACUUACGCGAGUUUAGCGUUGCUCGCUCAGAAGAACUGGAGGUGAAUCAGGGAAUAGUAUUGGAUAUUAACUGAUGGAGUAGCCAAUCAGAGCGCGCGAAAAAUACUAUUUACUGUUUUAGUAUAUACUAAAUAGAUUUAGCCAGGGCUAAAACCGAAGCUCUCGAUAAUAUUUAUGGUUUGCCCAAACAAAAUAUAAAAUCGUGUAAUGCUAAAGUUACGGAAAACGGGCAACAAAAAACAUGCAAUUCGUUUUGCAACAUUCCUGCAAAACGAGUUGAAAAGCGAUGUUCCGCGUUUUACCACCCACAUCAAACCUGUCUUGCAACAAAUCAGGUUGUUAACAGGUUUGAACGACUGUGGUAAAACGCGCAACAUCGCUAUUCAAGUCGUUUUGUAGCAAUGUUGCAAAACAAGUUGCAUGUUUUUUGUUGCCCGUACCUUAAGCGACAGGGCAACGAGAACAUGUAAUAAGCAAAAAAGCAACUUUGGAUGUGCAGCACACUUUGCCUUUGUUUUGCACGACUACGACGUGAAACUUCCAGAAACUCCCUAGUGACACGUUUUAUGGAAAAAAUGUCGGACGUGUUCUACUUCACUUGGCGGCCGCUAGCAUUUCUAGUUUUCUCACCACCGCUACGAAGUUUUCAUGUUGUUCUUCCAACAAAAAAUGUCUCCUUUGUUUUUAGCUCUCUGUCGCUCUUUUUCUCGUUGAGCUUCGCCGGACUGUCGCCUACUUUCUCUUUCUCAAUAUUUCAAAUUUGUGGGCAUGAGCAUGUAAGCUUAAUACUUUAGACAACACGGAUACUGAAACAAUUUUGUCUUCCGCCAUAAUAACCUCUAGGUUCAUUUGGGCUGCCAUAGCUGUAGAGUUAUUUAACAUUGAUAUGCCUGUGGUGCGAAUGGACGGUCGGUCGGUCGGAUGUACGGUCACGUGAAUACCAAAAUUGGAUGGGUAGAUUACUACAUUUUCUUAGGUAUGGGACUACGCUCGUGCGCGCUUCGCGCGUUCGUGUGGAGCUCCGCAAUUAUGGGCAGCCUUCAAAAUAUGUUGAAGGCACAAAUGUAAUAACUGGUCACAAAUGUAAUAAAGGUCACAAGUGUAAUAACAUUUGGUCACAAUUGUAAUAAACAUCUAAACUAAGCUAAAACAAAUGAAAAUCACAAUGAAAUCUAAAAUCCCACAGAGGGCAUUCUUUCCUAUGCUUUUAUACCACACUGUGCACGAGUAAAAAUUUUUAAAAAUUUAAAAAUUUCAGAAGAUAUCACAUCAAAUCAAAGGUGAGCUGAAUAGCUAAAAUGUCACAGGAAAUUGUAUAGGUAAACUCCUUCCUUAGGGGAUAUCACGAUUAUGUGACUGAGUGGGAACCAAGAUUGGGAGACUUUUAUACACUCAUGCCGAACCUAACAAUAUAAAGGAUCCAAAAAAACGUUCUGACGACUCAACAAUGGAAAGGUCAUAGUCAACGGGAAAUGAGUAAAGAGAGUUGGUGUAGAAUUGGCCUUGAGGUUCCUUGUGAGUAUCGGGCAAAGGUAAAGAGGAUGAAGGUUAUGUUCUCAGAAUUGACGGGGACACGGAACAACUUUGCAGAAGUAAGGGGGAUACAGUGAGUGAAGGUAUAACCAAUUAGCAAGUUUACAUGUAAUUCGUAUGAGGGUAACCUAUCGUGCUUAACCAAUUCUGGUCUCCUUCGCAGCCGUCCGUCUGAUGCCAUCAAUAAGAGCUAUUUGAAGCAUUUUCCGGCCUCUAUCUCGCUUAAAAUUAAAGGUUCCAAACUAUCCGAAACUUUGCAUACCUGUCGUGCUGUUCCCAAAGCUUAAUAAUAGCUUGCGAAGCUCGCACAAAAGACUUUCACCUUCCACUCAAGUUUCGCCUUUCGCUUUCCCCCUCCCUACUUCUUUUGGUUCUCUUCAACUUCCCGUUCUUUACGUUUUUCUUAGGCCCUUUUGACUGAAUUCCCCUUUGUUUGGAUAUGAUUUGAAAGUCAUCUUUGCCCUGCACAAUUCAGAAUACAAAGUUAUAUUACCUUUAAUUUAUGUCUCUGAGUGAGUUACUCUUUUUAAAUUGUUAAGUUGGUAAUUAUUACAUUUGUGAUCAAAUAACAUUUGUGACCUUUAUUACAUUUUUGACCAAAUGUUAUUACACUUGUGACCUUUAUUACAUUUGUGACCAGUUAUUACAUUUGUGCCUUCAACAGCCUUUACUCUCUCCAUAUUUUAUAUUAAUUUUUUUGUUUCAUGUAAUUCAAUGUAGGGUACAAAUAAAGUUGUUGUUGUUGUUGUUAAGACACAAUCGCCAGCACUACGUUACUCCUUUAACUUUGUUGGGUGUAUUAAAGAAUGAACAAUAUCCACCAUUCAAAAUUUUGAAGAUAGAGUUCAUCAACGCGAAUAACAAAAUGAAGGUCGAAAUGUGUCGUGAGAUACUAUGAGUUCGAUUUCUGUUUCAUGGUGAUGAUAUCUUUCAUCAGCUGGAGGCCUAAUCUAGUUUUUCGGAAGGUAGCUCUUCUUCUCUUUUCGAUAUCGCAGCUGAAAGCACAGAGUAACGAAAUUUGCGUCGGUUUCUACAGUAGAACCUCGAUAAGACGAACUUGAAUAACUCGAACUCUCUGUUAACAAUUUCUUUCGGAUUUCACCCCACUUUUCAGUCAUUUUCACUCGGUUAACUCGAACUCGGAUAACUCGACUUCCCCGCUAAGUUGAACUGAAUAUGUUUUCCCUUGAUCAAAAUGUCACUGAAAUUAACCCCGAUAACUCGAAAUCUUGUUCUUGUAACUUCACUCGGACAACCUCCCUUUACUUUUCUAGUUUCUCACGUUGUAUAAUCGGUAAAUUACUUUCACAGGUGUGGGUCGCAAAAAGGAACGUCGGCAAAAAACUGGAAGAUAUACCAGCUCCUCCUAGUGACGUCAAGAAUAUUUUGAAGAAGAUAGAAUUCAAAGAUGAAACAACACGUUCACGAUGCAAGGGAUGGCUGGUUCUACCAUCUCGAAAGUACUUGCAAGCAGACAUUUUGUUUCCUGGCUGCGCAUUUGAUUGUAGGCUCCAUAUUCGUGGGAGGAUUGGUAAGAUUUUCUGUUAUGAAUACGUUAGUGGAAGCAUCACAUUACAGUGGAACCUCGAUUUUAACGAAGUGCCAAGGGACUGGGGAAAUUCGUUCGUUAAAUCGAGGGUUCGUGAUAUCGAACACCUCCAUUUGACGAAUUCUCGGGAAAACUACCAAAAUGUUCGUUAUAUGGAGGUAGACUUAGUAAUUUAGGUGGCUCGACCCAGUAUUUUUAUAGACACACCCUCCAACUUUGAAUCUCUUAUACUUAAACAAAUCAAUCUGUACUGUAAAGCGAUUGUGACACAUGGAUUACACUUAGACUAAACAAUAUUGUGGUAUUUUUGGGGGGCGAUCGGAAUAAAUGUCACAUGACAAUGACGUCACAAUGGUUUUAGUUAUAAAUAGAAUUUUAGCCCUUUUCGGCAUUUCCUUUUGAAAUGCUUUUUGCUACGUAUUCUUUGGAUACAUGUCUUCUGCUGUGCGAAGUUUCAAAAUAUCUAUAAGAGGAAUUUCGAGAUAUCUUAGAAUUUCUAUAAAAAGGGUAUAAAUUAUGCAUGCACUGAAGACUGGACUUAAUGAAGACAAAUUUGCUACUUUUUGGAUAUUUCCGAAGGGUUUUAUCACUCACUCGUUUUGCAAAUGAACCUUAUACACUCUAGAAGCCGCUGAACGCAAGUACACUUUCGCAAUUUAGAAAAACAUGAACUUAUGAAUCAGGGUAAAACGCAAUGCUGAGUUCUUUUUGUAAUUUCUAAGGCUACUUUCACGGAAACAGCGAUUAAAACAAAAUUUCUCGAUAGAUUUUUUAAAAACUUUUUUAGUAUAUUAAUUGAUCAUUGUACUAUUAUUAAAUCCCCGAAUUUCGUGUCGAUUGAAAACUUCUAAAGUUGUCUAACAUGGGCGGAGAAGUGAGUAUGCUGCAUGGUAAUUUGAUGUUGUGCUAAACUCGAGACAACAGGAAGUCCCAGAGCAAAUACUUAGCCAGUAGAAAGUGUUUUUUUAGCAGCAGAAAAACUUCGCCCAUAUUUUUGUUCUGUAAAUGAACACUUUGCACUAAUUUAUGAUGCAUUGGUCUCUCGUCAGACAAUGCGCUUGUGGCAGACUACGCACCCAAGACAGAGGUGAUACAGAUAUUAGCAAGAUACCUAUCUGACCUGACUUUAACAGAUGAAGAGGGAAUUGGAUUUUGUCGACUACCAGAGGGGAAAAUACCCCAUGGAUUUCAUCUUAUUUAUAAACGGUGUUCCAAACGAUCUGUGUACGAAAUCAGUCCAGGCUUCACAAUCAUUCUUUCUAAGGAGAACUCUUGGCGAAGUGACGGGCGGAAAGAGGAAUCAAGGGAAUCGGUAUGAUGAAAUUAUGACCAUUUCUCGACUAUUCUGUUCUGAGAAAACUUAAGAUAGUUGUGUCGCCGCGUUCAUAAACGAUUGCAAAAGAAGAUUUACUGAAACACACAUCUGCGUACUAUUUAAGUGAUUCAGGUUUACAUGUACAGUGAUAAUUGUUAUCAUUGUCAUCAUCUUUUUUUCUGUAUGUUUGUUUAUGCUGGUUUUCACAUCACGUCAUCAAAAUUUAUACCAAAGAGUAAUCGAUCCUCCUGAAUGAAUUUUUACUUGCAUGAAGUAUUAGAGCAGCUUAUAAGUAAAGUUUAUGCAAAUGUAAACUUCGAAACGGUUUUCGCUUUGUGAUAGAGUACGCUUGAAUUUCUAAGCUUUUGCGUGAUACGGCAUUUACAUGGCGGCCGAGAGAGCUGUCAUGACUGAUGUCUAUUUUGGGGGUUUUUGCUAUCCGGUCAGUCAUUGUAUUAGAAAUAGUAAUCUGUUCAAGCGUGUUUUGACUAUCUGUCACGUGAAACGUACGCAAAGUACUGUGAUGGAGCAAAAUUAAAGCGUUUUGACCUUUGAUCGUUGUCGCCCGCACUCCGUAUUACUAGUUUAGUUAUUUAUUCUCUGUUCUGGCAGACCGACCUACACCUUCACUGCAGAGAAUGGGACGAUUUGCUUGAUAAUGGAGACUGGAACCCGGAAAUGAUAGCUGAGACACUACCAAAGUUUUUUCGCUUCGUAAAGAAAGUGCAAGCAAUUGUUUUGGAGGGAGAAGGUAAAAUGCAUUAACUAUGGUUUUGAGUUGAUAGUAAAAUUUAUACAGAAGCCUUAAAAUCGAUUUUAUUUUGUGUUACAUGACAAUGUACUAGAAGUGGAUUAUUUAACAAUUAUUCCUCGAGCCCGAAUGGGCUCUGAGUCAGUAGCCCAUGAGGCCGAAGGCCGAAUGGGCUAUUGACUCAGAGGCCAUGAGGGCGAGAGGAAUAAUUGUUUUUAGUAAAAUCCAACUAGUUGGUCAAAAAUGUCGAGAAUAAAAAAAUUUUAGCUAGUUAAAAGCUAGACUUUAAUCCUUUUUUGCCGCCAAAAAGCCCGGUCUUUUAAUUACUAGGGGGCUAUAACAUAUAGCCUAGUAGUAGCUCAACCAAUCAGAACGCAGCAUUGAUAAUAGACCACCAGUUGGAUUUUAUUAAAAGCACAUACAGCUUUUCAAGGCAAAUUUUUUACUCAGGCGCUACUAUUCUCAACUUCAGUUCUGACUGCUCGAAAAAACUGAUACACUGUUAUUAACUCACUCGAAUAACGAUCGUUAUAAACACACCACAGCCAGACCCGUAAACACGAAAGAAAAAACUAUUAAAAAAGGGACCGUGAACCCAUUAAGUUUUUCAUACAUACUAGGUAUAUUGCGUGCAUUCGAAAAUGCCCAUUUCCCCUUAUCUUUUAUUUAUUUUUUGUUUUUUUAAAGACCAAUUAUGUUUGCAGUACCUUUUAUCCCAUGCCAUACAGAAUAGAGCCAAUUAGAAAGCUACAAAUCUGUUGCAUAUUCUGCGGUACGGAACGGGUAGUAUUUCAGGAAAAAAAUACCGGUACUGGUGAUGCUUGCGGCCUCUAUUUUCCCAACGAAAACAGAGACGUUUACAAAAGUCAAAACUUGUCAUUGUACAAAAAUUGCCAGGGGCAUUAUUCUUCACUUUACAGUUAACACUUAACCGAGUUUCACCUAUUUUCCGGACUUCUAAGAAAUCAAACUAAUACCUGGCAAAACGAAAUCCAACAUAGUACCACGGAAAAAGAACUAUAGAAAUGUAUAAUCCGAGAGUAAAACAAAUCAGUGAAGUAACCAUGUGAAUGCCGAGGCGAAUUACAUUUCGAAACAACAAGCCUAACUGAAAUCCAGCAGAAACAUUUUAAAGCUCUCUUUCUUUUAUUCAGCUUUAUCCAGGAUGCAGUUAAAGUAGACACGUGAAUACCAACUUUAUUUAUUGACAACAGGGGCACCCAACGACUUUUUUCUGUUAAGUAUCUGUUCGGAGAAGUAAAUAUUGCCUAGGAUUUUUUAUAACUUGAGGACGGCUAAAAAUUUCUAGAUGAAGCUUACGUAAUAAAUUCUUUACGAUUUUCUGAAGUUAUUUUUUCGCAUUUCACCGUCCAGGUUAAACAAUUUUUCGUAAAAAAAAAUAGAAACCUAAACUUUUCGGAUACCAAAACGCGAUGGAGAGAGGACUCAAUAAAAUUCUCACUUUCGUAAUACGUUAUAUUACAUCUAACAUUUUUGGGAAAAUACUAUUGAAGCCCUUGUAAUUUCGAAAAGACUCAAGUUCCCCUAGAAUAACCGAACAGGUACCAAUUUUAUAGGGCCUCUCUGAAUUCAUUUCUAGAGAUCUAAAAGUACUCUGGAUAGCCUGUAUGUAGGAGGAAAGCGUCGUUGGGUGCCCCUUUGACAAACUGUCGAUAAUUUGGGCAAUGCUGUUUACAGAUGACGUCAAGGUCGACGUUUCUCCGUUUUAUGUGUUCGUGUUGAGUGGCUUGGGAUAAAUCAGUUACGUGAUGCUUUCGAGUGGUAUACCGUAAAAUACCCUACGAGUUGCUUGAUAAGUCUAAGUAUAUACACGAUCCUUUCGGUUUCUGUGAGAAUGUUCUGGGGCUUUUUGAAGCAUGUGUUCAAAAAUUCGGUUUGAUAUAUAUUUUUGUAUGUUUUUCUCUCUAAGCUAUAUUUUUAGACCACCGUAAGUUUGAAAACUGUAAAAGGUUGCUCUUUCUUUAAAUAAAGUUAUCUGAUUGUAUUGCAUUGUAUUGUAUUGACAACAUAAUGUUAAUGACUUAUUUAAUUCUUACCCUGAUAACUUUAUAUACAAUUUCUCAUUGAGGUUGCUGUUACUUGUUAGGAUCGAGAGCUACUGGUUUUUCCAGUUGAUCUACUGUUAAGUGUUACUCUCGUUAAAUGAACUAAGGACAUUGAGCAAAAUUUAACGUUUCUUGGCUUUUUAUGUUUUUGUUUUUUUGGUUGCAGUGCCUCCCGAAAUACUUGCGCGGGGUCUUGCAGCCGUGGAAGCCUACAACAAGGCCCUUUUAAGUGGAAAAACCGUUCUCAAAAGGCUUCCGUUAAUGCUUAUUGGUCAGGACCAAGCAGGAAAGACCAGUUUAAAGAAAUCUUUGAGAGGAAUGGCUUUCGAUCCGGAGGAAGACAGCACUGAUGGAAUACAUGUGGAUCCUUCUUUCUUCAACGUGUGCACAGAGACAUGGAGGACUGGAGAACAGAAUGAAGGGCAAAAUUCAGAUAAAGAGAUUUCUUUUGAUUAUCAAACGGCACUACGUAUUGUAGAUAGUCUGAAAAAGGAAAGGAAAAGUACCAAAGUACACACAGUCACAGAGAAGGAGUCAAGUCUGUUCGAUUCUGAUAGUGCUAACGUAGAACCGGACACGCGAAACACUAAGUCAUCAACAGUAGGAGAAAACCCUCAGAAAUCUAGAUAUCCACCCCCUACCACUAGUAUUAACAUACCCAGUGUUGCCCUUGAUCCGAAAGAAUCAAAGCCCGUAGGGAACUUUUCAGCUGUAGAUGUUCCUGAUGAGGUGGCAUCUGUGGCUGAAACAUUACUCCAAAGUGCCAGGAAGGAUAAUGAAGAUGACGUUUAUUCAACUUUCUGGGAUUUCGCUGGUCAGUCUGUUUACUAUGUGACACAUCCACUAUUCCUUACGAAGAAAGCCAUAUACUUCUUGGUGUACGAUCUGAGCUUAAAUCCACACGAUGAAGCUAAGCCUUUGGUGAAGAGUGGAGUAUACAAGAAGACUCUGGAAAGCUUCAGUAGUCUAAAGACCAAUUUAGAUUAUCUGGAGUUUUGGAUGAAGUCCGUUGCGUCUCUAGCCAGUCAGGGGGAAUGUCUGAGCUCGGAAUUGCUACCAGAGAAGCUUCCUCCAGUUUUCUUGGUAUGCACUCACGCUGAUACACCUUACUGCGGCCGUGAUUCCAAAGACCUUACCAUCGAAAUCUUUGGUUUACUGAAAAAUAAACCAUUCGGUUGCCACCUGCAUGACGUGCCGUUCUUUGUAGAUAACACACGUUUGCGAAACAACAAUUCUGAGUGCUCACAAGUCCAGCUCUUGCGGAAGGAAUUAGUUUCCGUCGCCAAAGAGCUACCGCUAACUCACGACACCAUUCCAAUCAAAUGGCUAAAAUUUGAGAAGGCGCUUCAAGUAGCAAAGAAAAGAGGACACAAGUACAUUACUCUGGAGACAGCAAAAGACAUUGCAAAAGCCUGUGAUAUUGAUGAAGACAAAGAGAUCAAGACCCUGAUGGACUAUUUGCACGACCUAAGGAGUUUAAUCCAUUUUGACGACAACGCAGACCUGAAUAAGUUGGUGGUUUUAGAUCCUCAGUGGUUGGUUGACGUGUUUAAGACAGUGAUAACUGUCAAACCGUAUGAUCCGUAUGAUCGUAAAGAAAAGAAGGUCGUAAGCUUAUGGUGUAAGCUUGAGAAGGAAGGAAUCCUAGAUGAAACGCUUUUGGCACAUGUGUGGGGCCCCUUGUUUGACAACCACGACGAAGAAACAUAUCAGAUUCUUAUAGAAAUCAUGAUGAAAUUUAGUUUGCUGUGCCCAUGGCCUUCAGGUGGUAAAAACAAGAGUUAUCUUGUCCCAUCAAUGCUGAGAUCACAUCCACCAGAGGAGGUUCUUGGGCUGGUUAAGAAGGCAAAAGUUCCUCCUCUUUUUGUCAAAUUUUUAAACGGCCAGGUACCUCCAGAUUUGUUUCCUCGUCUAGUUGUGCAGUUCUGUCAGUGGGUAAAAGACGAAUGCAAGGUAUUAGAACAGCCUCAGUUGUUCCACGAGUUUGCACGACUUAUUACAUCUAAAGAUGGCGACUCGGUUAUCCUUAUGUGCCACUCCUCAGUCGUUGAAGUUGUAGUUCUUGGAGAUGAUGACAGUCACAAAUUGGCAGAACGUCUGUCAGCAAACAUGACAUUAUCAACAGACUUCCAGGUUGAAACCACUAAGUUAAUCUGUCCUAGUGAUGUUCACAGGCGACUAGUUUCGAUACUUGAACGCAUGCACAAGGAAUCUCGCUGGCAACGAGAUAUGAGUUACGAAAUCAGUUUCCUAUGUCCAGUCUGCUCUCCUGAAGGUGUUGUUAACUACUGUCAAAAUCAUGGCACUGAAAAAUGCAAAGAAGAAGAGUGUCUGCACUUCCUGUGUGAAUCAGAGCUGCGCAAUGCCAAAGAAAUAAAAGUUUGCCACAAGGCUUCGUUUGCUCCGAAUCUUAGAGUGCAAGUGAAGCUGUUUGAACCUUGGUUUGCUUCUUCAACAGAGCAGGUAUGUAAAUAGCGUAAGACAUGUUUCGAUCUUACCAAGGACCAUCUUCAGCUACAAAUGAAGGUUGCCGAAUUAAUGUUACUUAACACGAACGACCAGAAAACCGGAUAACCGCGUCAGUUCAGGAACGGUACAAUUUAUAAUUAAAGCUGUGUUUAUAACACAAUCGUCUUCGCUAACUCUAAUGCUAGGCAAAUUCGUGAGUCUCGUGGACACUUUUUCAAGCGUAUUGACAACUUUCUAUCUCUUUUAGUUUCUGUUUAUCAUUUGAAAUCUGUUUUUGUACGGACUCAUGAACAUUGUAAUUAUCCCCAUGUUUAACGCUGCAGUAAACAUUCCGAACGUGAGCAGUAAUGAUACUGUUGAGCAGGCCGGAAGUAACGUUUCCGCAACAGAAUUAAAGAACGCCAUUUUUUUAGCUUUGGAAUCAGUGGGAACAUAACACAGAUUUGCUCUUACGUUCAGGCCAUUGAAAUGGAAAACAAAAAUAAUUAGGAACUAACAACUAUCUGUGAUUAUAGUUACCGAAAUCAUUGUUUUCUUUCAGGGUUCGCGCCACCCCAGAUCAGAUGGCCCAACAAAAGAAGCGGGACUCCGAAGUAUUCCAGAAGAUUGUGCGACAGAGUUAAACAUCACUCUGUUGGCGAGUGAGUGGGGUUCAUCCAUGGGUGGCUUGUCAACGAUAAACAGAAAGCUUGGAGUUUUGCUAGCCAAGCAACCUCAAGUCAAUGUCACUGUCCUUGUUCCGCAAACCGCUUGUUCUGAAGAGGAUAAGAAGAGCGCGUCACAGUCAAAUGUUACUAUUCAGGAGGCAAAGAUGCGUACAGGCUAUGAUGAUCCCCUAGACUGGUUGUGCUCUCCACCAAGUAGCCUUUCAAUUGAUGUCAUUGUGGGCCAUGGUGCUAAGCUGGGCAAACAAGCCCAAUUUAUUACCGAGUCUCAUAGAUGUAAGUGGGUGCAGAUGGUGCACACUGCACCUGAAGAACUUGGAAUGUACAAGGAGUAUCCUGAGGCAGUUGCUAAAGGCGAAAAGAAGAAUAAAGUUGAAGUAGAUUUGUGCAAACUGGCAGAUCUUGUUGUUGCUGUUGGGGCUAAGUUAAGGGAUGCCUAUUCAUCCUAUCUUAGGUCCUGUGAGAAAUCCCAAGAUAUCAUUCAACUGACUCCGGGCACCUUCGAUGAAUUCAAAGCAGUAAAGCAAGCCGCCCAGGAAGGGGAAAAGUUUAAGGUUUUAACCUUUGGCCGCGGCGAUCCUGAAGACUUCGAACUCAAGGGAUACGACAUUGCUCCGACAGCACUAGCUAAACUAGAGGACAACUCCUAUUGUUUGGUUUUUGUUGGUACACCCAAAGGGAAACAGGAUGAAGUCAAGGAACGUUUGCUCGAGUCUGGAAUCCCUAAAGAUCAGCUUAUUGUGAGGGAGUUCAUUCAAAGUAAAGAAGGGUUGAAAGAACUGUUUUGUGAGGUUGACCUUGCCAUCAUGCCUUCCAGAACAGAGGGCUUUGGAUUGACAGGUCUUGAAGCAUUGUCCGCUGGUCUUCCCAUUCUAGUAAGUGGCAAUUCAGGAUUCGGACAUGCACUGCGUGCUCUUCCACAGGGGCAUUCAUACGUUGUGGAAUCCAAAAACCCUAAUGACUGGUCAAAGGCAAUAGCUUCUGUUCGUCAAAAAGAAAGAGCAAAGCGUCUUCAAGAUAUCCAAUCCUUGCGAACAAGUUAUGAAGAGAGGUACAAUUGGGAGGAACAGUGUACAUCUCUUAUUGAGAAACUGUGGAGUUUGACUAAAGGUGAGCUUUCACACUAUUUAUUUCACUAACUGUUUAGAAAGAAAUGAACGGUUGAACGUAAUGGGAAUUUUUCUCAGGUUUACAGCAACAAAGGCACUUUUCAAACAUACCUUAGUAAGAUAAAGGGGUCAAACGGCCAAUUGUUGUUGCUGGAAAUAUCUAUAAGUCGUCUAGCCGUUUCUAGUUAACGAAGGUUGAUUAUUCUGGUAUCAUCUCACGCAUUUUGGUUAUCUGUGGCUUACGUACGUGUACCUUGUGCAUUGGGGGGUAAUCGAUACAAAAUGGGAUCACUCUCCAUAUAUGUGUAUAGUGUACACUACAUAUAUUUUGCGUUCUGCCGUUUAGUUCGUGUGCACUACAGUACACAGAAACCUUAACCGCUAUAGCACUCAGAAUUGUACGCUUAAGUACUCGGAGAAGGGAAAGA